GAGACCGCGUCCUUUGAUGUUAUAUCUAGGAAUGCAUUUUGCGCGCUGCAAUGACGUCGAUAUACAAUUUUGGAUUGACAUUUAUGUUGGGAGAAUUUCGAAUAUUCCUCCAAGCGCGUAAAUCAACGCCGCCAACGACAUCUUGAGACGAAGAACGAAAUUAUUACCAGUCGGUACAAUGUUUCCGAACCGAUCUAGAACGGAAAGAUCCGAAUUCGACCGAAUUUCUUUGCCGUGAUAUUAGCCACAACAAAAAAUUGGUAACAUUCGCUUGAAAACUUUUCGGCAAUACAUGUUCUUCGCGUUCUUUUUGUGAUUCAGCGUUGUACCAGAGAAUACAGUGCUUCGUCAAGCCAAGUUCUAAAAUAAAAGCAAAGUUCAUUAAAACAUUGGGUGUCAACAAUGGCAGAUGAACAACAGCAGUUUUUUCUUAAAUGGAAUGAUUUCCAAUCUAAUAUGGUAUCGUCGUUUAAACAUUUACGAGAUGAAAAAAGUUUCACGGAUGUGACAUUAGCUUGUGAUGGUCAAACUUGUAAAGCACAUAAGAUGGUGUUAUCCGCUUGUAGUCCUUAUUUUAAAUCCUUAUUAGAGGAAAAUCCGUCCAAACAUCCCAUUAUAAUUUUAAAAGAUGUUGCAUACAGUCAUCUUCAAGCUAUUUUGGAAUUUAUGUAUGCAGGAGAAGUUAAUGUUUCACAAGAUCAAUUGCCUGCAUUUCUUAAAACUGCUGAUCGACUUAAAGUUAAAGGAUUGGCAGAAGCACCAGGUGCCAUUAAGAGAGAGGGUUAAAGUUACACUUAUAGUUAUGGAUUUUGGGAAGCGUGCGGACUGAAAAAAGUGUAAUAAUGUAAAGUGAUUGCGUAAAGACAUAACACACAUUAUAAAAAACACACUACGUGUGCACAACUCAGUGUCCUCUGGUUCAUGACUUGGAUCAACAUACCACGACAAUGUAAAUUAUGCCUUUUCUUAAUCUCAGUUAAUGUUAAUGUUGUAUUGAAUGUAUGUAUACAAAUAUGGUAGAGAUGAAAUGUUGAUGUUUGUCUUGAACCUGUUGCGCCAUGUAGUGGCGACAGCAACAUUGAUUAUUUUUUUAAAACAAAGUGCUGCAAAAAACUAAUAAGUGGGUCACCAUAGUUUACAAUACACGAGACAGUUUUGUGGAUCAAAUGGAAAUGUUAAAAGACAUCUUUACAACUGCUGUUUUUAAAAUGGAUCUAUUGACUCACUAUACUUUCCUAUCGGUGGUUUUAUAGUAGAUUUAUUCACGAGAUAUUAAAAUUUCUUGAGUUUAUAUUAUAUAUGGCUAAAACUAACUUUUUUACUGUUCUUUUUCUAUUGUAAAGAAUAGUGCAAUACUUUUUUGUAAUAUAACUCGAAUAAAAUAUAUUCAAGAAAUAAAAUUGUAUGAUGUAUUAGAAAAUCAAUGUAUAUUAUACAUUGUUAUACAUGUUAUAUUAAUAAUAUAAUAUAGUUUUGCUGGCAUUGACAAGAAAUUUAGAUCAUAUCGUGAAUAGAUCUGCAAUACCCCGAUAAUCCCAUGAAAGAAUGUUAAAUCAAGUUUACUGGAAGUUGUAACAUGCGUGUCGUAUUAUUGCUCUCUUUUAUUAUUUGCAAUAUAUUUGGUUUAAGUGUAUAUACACAAUUAUUUCUCAAAUUAUUUUCAGAAUAUUAGAUGAUUAUUCACGUAAAAGUUUAUUCAAUCGAGAAAACGCGAAAUUGAAACAAAAAAAAAAAAAAAAAAAAAACUUUGAUGUGAAUAAAUAUUUCUAAUAUUU